CUACCCACACCAGACACUCAAAGCUCCUACCAUUUCUUUAUAAGUCUCCCGUCCCAUGCCCGUUGGCCUGUUCUUUAAUCAGAUCUCAGACCCCCUUUUAACUAAGCAUAACCAAUACGUUGCCCCUGGGUUCUCCAGCAGGUAGCAGGAAGUGCGUCGGCUUAGUAGACUGGAAUCUGGGAGGUCUUGUUAUCUCUCUUCUUUGCCCCAUGGUGGUCUGAAAUUUUCUAGUGUUCGAUAGGUCUAUAAAUCAUGUCAUUUUAUCCAUAAAUAAUAACAAAAACAGCCUCUGUCCGCUUUGCCCAAAUUCUCGGGGGAAACUUGUGUCUUGUCUUUUCUCAAAGAUGGGCUCAGUGCCCCUUCUGGCUUUGUGUUUCUCCGUUCUUCUGAUUGGCGCUGCGGCCGCCGGCCGGAACGCCACCGGCGUGCCCUCGAAGCCGAGUGUGGUCAAUAUUGGGGCUCUCUUCACCUUCAAUUCUACUAUUGGGAGGGUGGCGAAGCUGGCGAUUCAGCUCGCGGUCCAGGAUGUGAAUAACAAUCCGAACCUUCUGGCUGGGACGAGGUUGAACGUGAUUGCACAGGACACGAAUUGCAGUGGAUUUCUUGGAAUUAUUGAAGCCUUGCAGCUGAUGGAGAAUGAUGUGGUUGCCAUAAUAGGUCCACAAUCCUCUGGAAUUGCCCAUGUCAUCUCUCAUGUUGUUAAUGAACUCCAUGUUCCUCUUCUUUCAUUUGCAGCGACUGACCCCACUCUUGCUUCUCUGCAAUAUCCCUAUUUCCUACGCACAACUCAGAAUGACUAUUUCGGAAUGAAUGCAAUAGCUGACAUGAUUGGAUACUAUGGAUGGAGAGAGAUCAUUGCCAUCUUUGCAGAUGAUGAUUAUGGGAGAGGUGGGAUCACUGCUUUAGGUGAUGCCCUCACAAUGAAACGCUCUAAGAUCACCUACAAAGCUGCCUUUCCUCCUAAUGCUGAUAAAAGUGUAAUUAAUCAGUUGUUGGUAGAAGUGAACCUGAUGGAAUCUCGCAUUUUUGUUGUUCAUGUAAACCCUGACUCAGGGCUUGCUGUUUUUUCUAUUGCAAAAGAUCUUGGGAUGAUGGCUAAUGGCUAUGUGUGGAUAGCAACAGAUUGGCUUGCUUCUGUUUUGGAUUCAUCCCAACCUUCCAAUCCUGACAUUAUGGCCCCCAUACAAGGGGCCAUUGUUCUCCGCCAACAUACCCCAGCUUCUAAUCUCACACAAGCAUUUAUGUCCAGAUGGAAUAAAAUGCUUCAGAAAGGGAAUGCCACCUCAAGCUUAAACACUUAUGGGUUGUAUGCAUAUGAUUCGGUUUGGUUGGCUGCCAACGCCAUUGACCAGUUCCUGAAUGAAGGACAGACAAUUUCUUUCUCUAAUGAUCCUCGGUUGCAUGAUGCAAAUGGAAGUAGACUGCAUUUAUCUUCACUCCGGUACUUUGAUGGAGGUGAUAAGUUACUGGAGAACUUGCUGCAUACAAAUUUUACAGGCCUGACUGGUCAGGUUCAGUUUAGUUCAGAUAGGAACCUAAUCCAUCCAGCCUAUGAUAUCCUUAACAUUGGAGGGACAGGUGUCCGGAAGAUAGGGUACUGGUCUAAUUUUUCUGGUCUCUCAGUUGUUGCUCCUGAAACUUGGUAUGGAAAGCCACAAAAUGCUUCCACCACUAGCCAACAGCUUUAUAAUGCCAUUUGGCCUGGUGAGACCACAACAAAGCCUCGUGGUUGGGUGUUUCCAAACAAUGGGAAGCCUCUGAGGAUAGGAGUUCCAUACAGAACAAGUUAUAAAGAAUUUCUAUCAAAAGAUAGUGGUCCUGAUAAUGUAAAGGGGUACUGCAUUGAUGUGUUUAAAGCUGCAGUUAGCUUGUUGUCUUAUCCAGUUCCAGUCUCAUUCAUUCUAUUUGGAGAUGGUCAUGAGAAUCCAAACUACAACGAUCUUGUGCAGAAGGUUGCUGAUAAUUCCUUUGAUGCAGCUGUAGGGGACAUCUCCAUUACAACAAACAGAACAAGGAUUGUAGAUUUUACACAGCCCUACAUCGAAUCAGGCCUCGUAAUUGUUGCACCUGUCAAAGAGAUUAACUCAAGUGCUUGGGCUUUCCUAAAACCAUUCACUGUACCGAUGUGGUGUGUCACGGGUGUUUUCUUUCUUUUUGUUGGAGCAGUUGUUUGGAUUCUUGAGCAUCGCACAAAUUCUGAGUUUCGUGGAUCUCCAAGGCAACAACUUAUGACAAUAUUUUGGUUUAGUUUCUCAACGAUGUUUUUUGCUCACAGAGAGAACACUGUGAGCACCCUCGGACGGUGUGUGCUGAUCAUAUGGCUGUUUGUAGUGCUAAUUAUCAAUUCAAGCUAUACUGCAAGCUUGACAUCGAUCCUCACGGUUCAACAGCUCUCUUCUAGGAUUGAAGGUCUUGACAGCUUGAUAUCUAGCACUGACCCAAUUGGUUACCAGGUAGGGUCAUUUGCAAAGAACUAUCUGACACAGGAACUCAACAUAGCUGAGUCCAGGUUGGUCCCCUUGGAUACCCCUGAAGAUUAUGCAAGUGCUCUUGACCUUGGGCCAAAAAAUGGGGGUGUAUCUGCAGUAGUAGAUGAGCUUCCAUAUGUUGAGCUCUUCUUGUCCAAUCACUGCAAGUUCAAGACAGUAGGUCAGGAGUUCACCAAAAACGGAUGGGGAUUUGCCUUCCCAAGAGACUCUCCCCUUGCAGUGGACUUGUCAACAGCCAUCCUUCAACUGUCAGAGAAUGGUGAUCUCCAAAGGAUCCAUGACAAGUGGUUAACACGCAACGGAUGCACUUCUCAAGAUACAGGAGUUGAUUCAAACCGGCUGAGCCUCAAAAGCUUCUGGGGCCUCUUCCUUAUUAGUGGCAUAGCAUGUUUAAUUGCUCUCAUGGUAUUCUUUAUGAGAAUGCUUUGUCAGUAUAGCGAGUAUAGUAGCCGAGAGCAGGUUGAAUGCCCCAUAUCCGAUUCUGAGAGAAGCAUAAGACGUCCAGCCCGCUUAUCUAGCGUCAAGGAUAUUCUCUCUUUUCUUGACAAGAAGGAAGACGACGUUAAGAGUGCUAUCAAGAGAAAAUCCAGUGAUAAACUGAAUCAAAGUGCUCAAAGUUCAGAGGGACAAUCCAUGUCACCAGCCUAGAGACAUUUAUUUUUUGUUUGGGACUAAUGGAUGGACAUGAUUGUAGUUUCUGAUCAACAGCCGUCAUGAUAUGGUAAGAAAGGAUUCUUAUCACACCGCUACAAAAUGAGCCUGGAGAUGCUGAAGCCUUUUCUGGUUAGCUGGUCAUCUUGAUUACGUGGUAGAGCAGAAGGAACUUUUUGCAAAUUUGCAAGUUUAUAACUAGAGAUCACUUCGUGGCUUAAAAUUUGAAUUGCUCAUGUGCAUCAACCAACAGUUUCAGUCAUUCUGAAUACAACUUGCAGUGAUUUCAUCGAGGAGAAAUACACUUAGCUGCCAUGAAAUAUUUAGCUAUGUACCUAUUGAAACACAAAACGACCAUGCAGAUUAUGUGAGUACUAACGUAUUGCAACAUUUGCUUAAAUAAAAAAAGCUUGCAAGAUGUAUAGAGUUUUGU